UUAUGCCGGCAAUCUGGGGUUCUUGGUCUCACAAACUUCCUACCUGCUUUCUGCGGUUCCAUUAAGGUCUUAGUCUCACAAACAUCCUAGAAACAAGUUACCAACAAUGAGAUUUUUGUGGUUUAGAUUCAAUUUCAGACGUCGGAAACUAUUUCGGGCUGCGCCAACCGUGUACUGCGAGAUAUGCAUAGAACGUGUCCCGUCGACCUCCAGGUUCAAGACCACAGCACGGUGCAAGCACUCCUUUUGCAGCCGCUGCUUGUCCUCGUACGUCACCCUGAGAAUCGGCGAUGGAAUUGCGGAUGUGCGAUGCCCUGGUUCGAAUUGCCGAGCCGGGCUCAACCCCCUCCGAUGCAGGGAGCUCCUCUCGAGCGAAACCUUUCUCAAGUGGUGUGACCUUCUAUGUGAGUCGAGCGUUGUAGGUCUCACGAGGUGUUACUGCCCGAACUUGAAUUGCCGAGAGCUCAUUGUGGACGAGUGUGGACAGAGUGGCGAUGUCAAAAGAUUCAAGUGCCCUAGCUGUCGCCGGAGGGGUUGUUUCCGGUGUGCAAGCGCAUGGGCCAAAGGUCAUCGAUGUAGGAGUACGCAUGACAAGGACCUUAUUCUAUUGGAACGUCUAGCGGACAUGAAGAAGUGGGUGCGGUGCCCUAAUUGCCGCAUGUACGUCGAGCGCAACGAAGGUUGCAAUCUAAUCCAUUGCAGAUGCGUAAGGUGUUUUUGCUAUGCUUGCGGGAAGAACCAACGCCAAUUUAGCUGUCGCUGCUUCCGAAGAUUGUUUUAGAUACCCUUCAGCUCCGGGCAGCAGCGGCACCAACUGUUUUUCCAGCCACAUGCCUCGCCGUCGUCGUCUGUCAAGUUAUUGACAUCAUCAUCUGCUGUUG